UCUGCCCACUCGGCAAUCGGACGAAGAGCUACGUAUAGAUGGCAUCGCCCCGCCCCGACGUGCGCGAAGCGCUGCGGGCGUCUCUGGGCUGGGACUUUUCCUUCGCGUCCUCGGACCCGACGGCUGCUCGUUGUCUCGUGGCCCACCCGAAAGACACGACGCGAUUGGCCGAGUGGCUCGUGCGCGAGCUUCCGCCGCUUCAGCGAUCCUCGGAGCCCAAAACCAGCCCCAAAUCGAAGGAAAAUGCCCUGAAACCAGAGCAAAACAGUCAACCCAGAGACUUGGAGACGCUUCUAGCUCGGGAAUUAGGCUUCGGACGUGUCGAGCAGCUUGUGGAUGCUUCGACGCAAAAUUCCCUGCGAGAACCGCAGCAGAGUGACGUCUGUGAGCUCCAAAAGGUGAAUUUUAGCUCACACAAUAAUUGGUUGGGUAGACAAUAACAGGGCUAAAAUGGAGUUGUGCUGUGAUGCGGUAGAUGUCGCCGAGAGACGUACUCAAGAGCUUGUACGCCGAUAUCCCGCUUUACAAACCUGAAGACGGUGGCAAGAUCACGCGUGGACUCUUCGAGAACCAUGCAACUCCACAGAACGCCCACUUACCCAUGCUCAGAGGCGUCUACACAGAACACGGGUCGACAGCUUCAACGUCAAUCAGCACGUUUGCCGUGUUCGAGUACGACUCGCAGUCACUACAAGAUGUGCUCAAGUACAAUCGAUCAGUACUACAAGGUCAGCGAGAUAUGGACAUGGACGCCGAGCAACCGAGUGAAGAGGAGCAAGACGCACUCGGAGACCUCAAGAAGCGUCUUGUACUCUUUCAAUUAUGUCGCGUGCUGGAGUUCCUACACGAGCGUGGCUUGGCCUGCGACGGCUUCUCGCCCCGUGAUUUAUACCUCACAGACACAUUGUGGCUGCACUUAGCUGCUUUGCCUCGUGUGCUGGACGCCUGUUCCUACGCAUCUGCAGAGCCAUCACGCUCUAUUCCUCGUGAUGUUGAGUGCUUCUCCUCCAGGUCCAUUACGGAGCGAUGGUGCACUGGAGACAUUAGUAACUUUGAGUACCUAAUGGUCCUCAACACUGCAGCUGGACGGCGCAUGGAGGACGGCGUGUUCCAUCCGUUUCUUCCCUGGGUCACAGACUUCACAGGCGGCUGGCGAGAUCUAAGCAAGAGCAAGUUUCGACUCAACAAAGGCGACGCACAACUCGAUCGUACCUUUGCGAGCAGCGCUGUACCUCACCAUGUCACUGAGAGUUUAUCGGAGAUCACGUACUACAUUUAUUCUGCUAGACGUACGCCCAUGGCGCUGUUACGAACUGUAGUGCGUGGAGAUUUCCAGGCACGAGAGUAUCCAGCCACAAUGGCGCGUAUGUAUGAGUGGACACCGGAUGAGUGCAUUCCAGAGUUUUAUACCGACCCGGAGGUGUUCAAAUCACUGCAUGGAGAAGAUAUGGAGGACCUGCAGUUCCCAGAGUGGGGAGAUAGUGAUCGAGACCCUGCGACGGCGUUUGUACGAAGCCAUCGGGAUAUGCUGGAGAGCGACGAAGUGUCUGCGCAAUUGCACAAGUGGAUUGACUUGAAUUUCGGCGCUGCAUUGAGUGGCGAGGCUGCUAUUCGAGAGAAGAACGUUCCUCUUGUUGUACACGCAGCCGGGAAGAGUCCUGGCUUCGUCCAGCUCUUCGAGAUGGAGCAUCCGAUGCGAGUUUAUCGCCAGUAUCAACAAGAAGAACAAAGCGAGCCGACUGAACCAGACACGCCACGAUCAGUGCGACCACAAGGCACUCCAAAGGAGGUGAAUGCCAUGCUAUCCAGAGCGAUGCAAGUGGUGACAGAUGCACAGAAAGACGGACUCUUCUUGUCGCCUUUGACGUUAAAUGGAGGUGGAAUCAACGUGCUAGGACCAAGAACAGGCGCUCAAGAAGUGGAGGUGUCGCGCUUCGGUCUUUUGCAUAGUCAAAGUGGAGAUACAGCUACCAGUUUUGGAGCCAGCGGAGUUAAUGCCGUGAGUACGACAGCGUCUCCGAAUGAAGCCACGCGUAGUCAAGUUAUCAUGCGCAACCUGAAACAACGUCGACGAGGACACAAACCACGUGCGCGGUCGCAAGCGAAUGUUACGGGAGCUGAUCCUUUGGUAUCUCCGCCGGCGUUCCGGUCUGCUGGAGGACGUGAAGCUGUGUCACCUCCAGCGCCAUCGGGAUCGGGAUCUAGCGGCUUAGGCGCGUCAAGGCUGGGGAAUCUAUUCCAUUCCGACUCAAAUCCGAGCAACAGCAACAACAAUAGUCUAGGCAGUGGUGCUAACGGCGUAGAAUCGACUGCUAGUCCACCCAACUCAAGCAACAGCCGGAGUUUUACAGGAAGUGGCGGACCUAACGACCACCUGCGUGUUCUCACUAUUACAACGCCACAGGGAGUGAGCGGGAACGUUAAUGGACUUGGUGGAUCAGCUGGAGAACGCAGGGAAGGAGCUUCGACCGCGCAUCACACUCGACACGCUUCUCUGGGAAGUGGGAGUCCAAAUACCGGCUCGCAUUUGCUACGUGAUCUGUGGCAGCAACUACGUCAGCCUGAGGAGGAAUCAACGGGAAAUAACGGCACCAGUGGACAUGGACAUCGACGCAGUGCGAGUGCUGGCCACGACUUUAUGCUCGCUCUGGGAGGCUCAGGAGAUAUGCAAAUGUCGGAUUUAGACGCUGUUGCGGACCCUGCGCCGGGUAUUGACGCCUGUGGGCCACUGGAUGAUGUGGAUUUAAAGCUGCUUCAGCUUGGAUUGCGGAUUAUUCUUCCUGGUGCUGAUAAAGAGAACAAAGUGGAGUCUGAAUUGCAGGGAACCGAGACGCCGAGGCUUAAUGAGGAACAACCCUUUGCUGAUGAGGUGGUAGAUCCAAUCUACCGUAUUCCUGACGAGCUAUUGGAGGUUACAGACCAGCUGACUCCGUUUGAGCGAGCACAAGCUGCUGAUAUAUUCUCCAUGGGUUGUAUCGCAGCUGAACUGUACACUCACACGCCGGUGUUUACACGACGUUCUCUGGAGAAAUACAUCACUGCGUACAAACGACAACAGACCCUGAUGAAAACCAAGGCGAACAAUGAAGAUGACGGCUGGAUUUCAAGUAUUUUGGCGGCCCAAUGCAGCCCUCCAUCCAGUCAACUCUCCUGGAACCACGUCAUAUCUGAACGACUAGCAGAUUUACCACUCAACUUGAAGAAAGGAGUUCUGGAUAUGCUACAUCCAGACCCUCGCGAGCGACUGCGUCUUGCCUGUCAUAUCGAAGGACUGGAGCCUGUUACAGUGCUACGCAGCUCCGUGUUAACUCCUCGUGAGUGUGUGCUAUCGACUGUACCUCAAGACUCUUUCCACGCUGCGCCGUCUGCGUUGUUCCCCAAGGACUUAGCGGUCGUGUACAAGUUCCUGACAAAAAUUCACAGCAGCCCUGAACAUGAUUGGCAUGCGAGAUUCACACCCGCUCGGCAGCUGCUGUCGUCCUUGUCCGGUCUGUCCGAGAUGCUCUUCCGUGUAGCAAUGCCCGAGCUCGUGCGCUUCUUCCGAGCCAGCUCCCAUACUGAGACUAUUCGCGCCGAACGCGUGACUGCUGCUGUGGUUUUCCUACUCCCUGAGAUGGCACGUCAACUUGGUCGUGAUCGAGCGCGUGUUGAGCUACUCCCUGAUGUCGUACGAGUGUACGAAUGUAGCGAUCUCGGACGUUCGCCACUACUUCGCUGCUGUCUUGGAGCACCCAGUGUGUUGCUGUCUUUAAUCCGAGCGUUUGGAGCCGCUGCGGUACUCGACAGUAUCGUCCCGGUAAUACUGGAGUGGCUAGUACCUCCCGUUGCAGCGGACUCAGACGUGGAGCUGAGAUCUUCGUUGACGCCGCUAUCUGUUCGCUCUCCGCCGUUGCCACCUUUCGCGUCUGAGUCUGCUGCGCUUACUGCUGUGGCUUUCGGUGAACUCUCGUCUCCAGCGAUGCUUGGACCAUCGUUGACGGCGAAAUAUCUCCUCCCAGCGUUAUUGAACCAGCUUGGACGUGUUAAAAGUCGAUGGACGCAUCUCGCGGAGUCGAAGACAUUGCGACGUACAGACAAGAAGGUCAUCUUGGCUCCAGUUAUCGUUGAAGGAGGAGUGGGCACCUCGGAGUUCCACUUAACGUUCCUGUCCAAGACCAAGUUGUACGAAUCCCAUCAUGUAGCAGACGCUGUGCUUCAGGUAUGUCGAGAACUUGGCGAGUAUCCGGUUGCUACUAUGUUGUUGCCACGGCUGUUUGAAGUGCUGCCAAAACUUGUAACUCUGUCCGAGAAGAUCGGCUCUGUACGCAUUGAAGGCGUCCCGGAGGAACUUGGACGCGAGAUCUAUGUGCUGUUACGUAUUCUAAGACACGUGGUCCGUACGCUAAAUGAUACAGCGUCUCUGCAAGAUCUACUAUCUCGACGAGCUCGUAGCAACCUGAUGGAGUUACUGGCUCAAGCUUCUCCUCCGUUCCUACACCCUCGAGUGGCUACUGCGGUGAUUGCAGCAGCGACGGCCACCCAGUCAACUGAUUCCGUCCCUGCAACGUCCAGUGGGACUACGAGCUCAACGAAGAAGAAAGUUUUGCGCAGUUUGAACUUCAUGAAGGACGCGGAUCAUCGCAAUCUUCGCGCGUUUACAGUUGUGGGGCUGUCACGUACGAUCGUGGCUGUGUGUCAGAAACUCGGAGCCGAAGCUACCGUGACAGACUCUAUCGUUGUGAACGGUAUCAACCGGUUUCUCAAACGCUGCAGUGACGUGUAUGCAGAGCUGGAAGUGUCGAAUUUCCAAUGGGAUCUCGCCAGCGAGUUGGUCAGUGAGUUGUGUGUACCUUUGCGUACACUUUUGGGCAAAGAACUGUUCAACCGGAACUUCCCUAUUGUCGCGAAUAGUUCAGUACUGCAGCUACUGUUACUGCCACUUAGCAGCACCGCUGGCGUUGAUACCAGUGCAGUCGGAGGGUUCAGCAGUCGCGUGGUUAGCAGUGAUCAAAGGAACAUAAGUGCGUUGGAUGAUCGACUAGCGCAGUCACAAGUUCACGUACGACGAACUCCAUUAACAGAAGAGGAUGAAGACGAUACGGACGAUAACUCGGUUACUGCGGAGCCUGAAGACCCGCUGACGUAUCCGCCGGAGUUGUUACGGUUCGCUUAUCACGCGGUUCGACUGCAUUCCGUUCGUGCUACCAGUUUCCUUCGCGUACCUUCGAGUCUGCUUAUUGGGUCUGGAAAGAAGGCUGCGCAGUGGGAAACUACUCUAAGUAAGGAGCUGUUGCUCUUACAGGAAGCUCGUCGUCAGCGUAAAGUGGUUAGCGCUGCGUUGGCCCCCGAACGUGCUGGCGCGGACGCUAUUUGGCUGCGAUCUCGCGUUCGUCAGCCGUUUGAGACUCGACGUGAAGAAGGGACAUAUGAAGGCGGCGGUGGGAUACUGGGCAGUUCGUGGGCUCUUAGCGCUGAGAUCCGACAGUCCAUUAAAGCACACUCUAAUUCUGUGCGGUGUGUGAGUGUGGACGCUGACGAGGAGCUGCUCUUAACAGGAAGUCGACAUGGAUCCUGUCGUGUAUGGAGACUAUCGGGUCAUCCAGUCCAAGCUCGAGCAGCAGCUCCAACCGGGUUUACCGACAACCGUCCGAUCAUUGCAGUCGCGCGUACUGGUCGAGCUGGGGUGAGAGGAAGAAGUGGAGCAGGAGAAGCUGAUGGUAUGGCAGCCGCAGCCUCAGCCUCUGGUGUCAUGCUCUGGGAUCUACGAACCAGUCAGAUGCGGAUGCGUCUCCCGUUCUCAUCGAGCGAGCCUGUUGUGUCGAUGACUGCUGCUACCGAUUCUGUGGAUGUGGCUGUGGCCACUACACGGCGUGUAGUCUGCGUGGAUGCACGUACCGGUCCUCGCGUCGUGGCGGAGUGGCAUGCAGACGCUGCUGGCAUCGGAUCUAGCACCGUAACUCAAGGUCUAAGCUUGGCUGCUGUGGCUUCGUUCGUGGAUGGAGCAGCGUAUCUUGCGUUAGGCACUACAAACGGUCGCGUGGUGCUUUUGGACGCUCGAACAGGUCGACAAGCCGCGAGAUGGCAGGCGUUGGAGGCGGGAGCUCGUGUGGUUCACUUGGUACAGAUCUCGACGUCGCAGUUAUUGGUUGUUGGAGCUGAUAAAGAAGCGCGUGUGUGGCGUGUGAUGCUGCGGAGUCACGGGCAUCCACAACUCCGGAUGACAAUUACGGGAGUACCCGAUGGAAUCUGCGCCUCGCAGAUCUCGGUUCAUGCCGCUGUGGAUACUACUGUGCUGUAUGUUGCGAGUGGCGCUCGUGUGCACUGUGUACAGUUACCGUCGGAACCUAGAGCGGUGGUGUUGGUGCAAGCUCCAGUAACGGUACGAAUGGAGUCGUGGCAGCUUACGGAACCGGGAGGUGCCAGUAAAAGCAACAAGAGCCGUAUAGUGGCUCACAGUGUGGCCGUGUUACCUCUACGCCAACUGCUGCUGCUUGGCACAGAAGAUGGCUGCUUGAAAUGCGUCGUCUAGGUCUGAUAAAAAGUGUACGUAAAGGGUAAAUAAAAAAAUAACAUGUGAGUUAGCGCCGACAGAUACUCUAAUUGACAAUAAUAGAGUAGAGGAAUCAAAA